AUGUUAUCCCAAAAAUUUCUCUGGCUGUUGCCUGUUACUUUGCGGGCUGUGACCGCCCGCCCCUACGUCGAAUCAUCGACGAAAAGGGACGUUGAUCCAUGGAACCGAGAACUUCAAGUCAAAUGGGACUUUGACUUCCAGGUGGGCAUUGGCUACCAUACCAUCGAGGGCAAAGUUUCCGACCAAAGUCCCUUUGAGCAGAGCUCGCUCUCCAUGCCGCCCAUCAUCGGCGGUGGCCAGAGCAAGUUCCAAUUCACCAUCAUCAAUGACUUCUCGGACGUGAAGCACGCCAUGUCUGUCUCUUUGUCAGCUGGCGUCCCUGUCGAGGGCGGCACAGUCGAUCUUUCAACGUCUUACACCCAGAGUUCGGACUUUUCGGAUACUCACAAGGCGGCGUAUCUGAGUAUCUCGCAGAUGGACCAGACCACAGUGCUUACUGCUGAUCCACAACUGACGGCCGAUGCGACUGCGCUCCUCCAGAAUGAUCCUUGUCAGUUUGACGACCAGUACGGCUCAUAUUUCGUGGCCGGCUUCAUAAGCAGCAGAUACAUCCAAGCCCUCGCCGAUUUCCGUGCCACAAAUGCAGCAGAAAUGUCUGAUUUCACUGCCAAGAUCUCUUAUGCUGGUCCGAUUCCUGGCGCAGGCGGUGCUUCCAACCCGCCCAAUAUCGCCGGCAACAACUCGAUUGAGGGCCUCAACACCGUGACAAACGACCAAGCCAAGAAUAUGGCCGCGUCCGCUAGUCUUGACAUCAAAACGUCGAGCGUCGAGGACCAAAUCACGCUGAGCAUCACCGCGGAAUCGCUGGGGCUCAAGAAUGCGCCCUCCACCAUCUCCAUCGACGAGCUUUACAGUCUAUGCGACAGCUUCAACGACCCCGACAACCAGCUGCCAGUGCCUACUAUUGCCAUCCUGCGAAGCUUCCGCUCGCUCAGUACCCAAGCGGCGGUCCCAGGUGACUGUGGCCCACAGGGCACUGCAACGCAGUCGGCUGCUCUUGGCGCCGUCCAGGCGCAGAUGUUCAACCUUCCCAAGCCGCUGGCUGAGAAAGUCACAGCCAUGUCGCAAGACCUUGCCUCACAGUUGGUAACCAUUGCUGCGAUGGACAGCGCGGAUCCUACGAAGGCCACGGAGCUUUCGCAAUGGGACACCCAGUUCGCGGCUCUCAAGACCGAGGUGGCUGCCAUACCGCAGCGGAUGGAUUUCAUGGUACGUGUCAAUCAGAACUUUGGAAAUGCGCAGUCGGAGUGCACCGACGCGACAGGCGACCAGGGGCCAGGCUGCCCGAUCCCGUAUGACGACGAUCAGUACGGCAUCAUCAGCAAGGCGCCGUACUUUUGGACAUGGGGUGAGGUGACGAACACAAACAUGGGGCUGGCAAUCCAGAGCGAGCUGCAAGUUAGCGAUGACAUUGUAGAUCGCGAUUCGGUAUCGUGGCCGUCGAGGUCACAUCACUCUUCAGCGUUUGGCGAUCCCAACAAGGUGAUUGUCGGUUUUGAAGUCUUUUCGGACUGGCAGGACUUUGGAAAUGGAUGGUGGCGAUUAGACGGACUUACGCAUAAUAGUGUCAGCGUGCAAUUCACAAGCGACGUUGGACGGGAUCCAGCCUGGCGGCUGAGGGCUUGGUAUGUGGAUGCGUCCUUGUACAGAUUCCCAGGAACAUACUAG